UGCGUCACGGAUAACGAAACGAAACCAACCCAUCAAUGACGAUGUAUAUCUUCACCUAAAACAAACUCUUGUGUAAGGCCUUGCAACGGGUCAUUGACAUCAACUCAGUGAAAAUCCCCUACUUCGACUUGGGAGAGAUUGAAAUUACGAGACGGCAAAACUUGCAUUUACUCCAGCACCGUUUAUCUCUGUCCCUUGAAAUUACGGGUUUUGGGCUCGCACAUGGUCCCUCCGACUACUUCCAUUUUUAGCGUGCCAAACGCUUCAAGUACACUCCCAUUUUUAGUGUGCCAAAGAGAUCCUUGCUAUUUUCAGUGGCCCUUAAAAGAAGAACCCGAAGUUUUAGGACCAGUCUGAUUGAGGACCACGAUCCACCUCCGGUAACUACUAACGAGAACAAAAUGGUGCCUAUGAAACACCAACAGACAGCACAACAUCAGCCCUGCCCAGAAUUUGUGUUCUAAACUCACAUGGAGAAUUAUAACUGAAUAAAAUACUAUUCAUUGCAUUUCAGAUUAUCAGGAAUCUGUCUAUCUAUCUUUGGGGAUAGGAAACGAUCCACAGCGAUGUCGAACUGUGGGUAUCUGGUUACUAAUGGCGUCAUUUCACAAACAUCUGAUGUUCCUCCUGUGGCCUCAUUCCUUGAGGCUCAUCCAGGCGCGUAUACAACUUCUCGUACACAUGGCACAGCUUCCCGCGUCUUAUUUUGGGAAAGACACUUACGGAGACUUGUUGAAUCAGCAAGAAUUUUAGCUGAAACAAAACCAGAGUACUUAUUUGGUACAGAAAAUGCUAGGAUUUCUUCUUAUUCAGCUUCACCCUCGUCUUGGGAUUCUACAGUUCGGCCUGUGGUUAAUGAUUCGCUGAGGAAUGUGCUUCCAGUGGCAUUGGAAGGGAGGAAUGUGGGGGAAGAGUUAGCUAUCACCUCUCUUGUAAGUGGGAAUGUAAAUAUUAGGGAAGAAAACAGAGAGAAAGAAAGGAUUUUUCAUCCCUUUGAUGUUUACUUGCACAUUGGAGUCUAUGUUCCACCUGUGUUUGGCACCAAAGAAAGUAGUGCACAUUUAGCUGUUGUUGGACCAGGAAGGGACACUGCAGACGCUAAGUUCUCACAGUGGGUAAGGCUUAGAAAGUCUUUGGAGAAUAUGAGGCCUCCGUCAACGAACGAGCUCAUGUUAUCAAAUGAUGGUGAUCAUAUACUUGAGGGCUGUUUGACUAAUUUCUUUGUCGUUCGCCGUAAAGAAAAUAGUGAUGUGCUGAGGAAACACCCAUUAGAUCUUGACAAUGAGUAUUCUUUUGAAGUACAAACUGCUUCUAUCAAAGAUGGUGUGCUUCCUGGAGUUAUACGCCAAGUAGUUGUUGACGUGUGCCUGGAAAUGGGAAUAUCAGUCAGUGAAGUUGCAGCUUCCUGGUCUGAGCGUGAACUUUGGGAAGAAGCCUUCAUUACAAAUAGCUUGAGACUAGUGCAGAAUGUGGAAACUAUUCGUGUCCCCAGUCCUUGGGAAGACUUUCAACAUAAAACCUGGAAAGAUGUAGCAUGGAAUGAGAAACGAUUCAAGGAGGGUCCCGGGAGAAUCACAGCAGCCAUUCAGAGGGAGGUGAUGAAGAGAUCAAGCCUGGAAGGAUACCCUGUAUGAUUAUAUAAGAUGAAAUGCAUCAACCAGAGUUCAGGUUGCGCUUGCCCAAUCCAAUGAUCGACUAGCAUCUUACGGCUUUCCGGUACUUUAAAAAUCUAGUAAAAUUUCUUAGUCCAAUAAAAGAUUCAGUUAUGAUACAUCCACCAAAUGUGGACACCGAGUUGUGCACCGAGAGGGGAUCUGACGGCCUCAAGGUCACCCUCUCUGCAUUGGGAUAGGGGUGGGGCAUGAGUGAGCCCCACCAUCCUCUCACAUGGUGCACGUGCAUUUCCUUUGGUCAAUAUGUCAUUUUCGUAAAAGAUUGGAUUGAACUGUCUGCCAACUUGUUUGUACACUAUUAUGUACCUGAUUUAGACAUGUUCAUAUUUUCUGAGGAUUAAGCGCUCCA